GAUUUCUAGAGAGAGAAGCUUAGUUAUACCAAUAUCGAAUCUGCUUUUGUUUGUAUUCACUUGUUUUAGCUGUGUUGCUUUCCUUCUCCCUCCCCCCCUCUCUCCUCUCCUCUCCUCUCCUCUCCUCUUCUCCAAUUUCGUGGAUAAACCAAACAGCAUGCUUUCAUAGAUCCAGAUUGUGCUCAAUCGCUUCCAAUUACAAGGAACAUUUCCUUUGAAUUGAUCUAGAUUAUAUUGCAAAGUCUUGAUUUUAAGCAGUUUGUUUAGAGGGUUGAGAUAGAAUGGACGAGGCGUGUGAUUUUCCGAAAUGGGACGAAUUGAUACCGGAUGCACUUGGGCUGAUAUUCAAAAAACUGUCUCUUGUUGAGCUGCUAACUGUGGUGCCAAGAGUCUGCAAGUCUUGGGGAAAAGCGGUGUCUGGGCCGUAUUGUUGGCAAGAGAUAGACAUUGUUGAGUGGAGCAGGACUCAUGAGACUGAACUCGUUGAACGGAUGCUUCAGUUGCUCGUUUCAAGAAGCUGUGGCUCGCUCAGGAAGCUCAGUGUUUCUGGUGUUUCCAGUGACCAAAACAUUUUCUUCAUAGUUAAUCAUGCUCAAUCUCUAAAAACGUUGCACCUGCCCGGAAGCCACAUGAACAAUUCAGUAAUGGAGAGGGCUGCCCCAAAGCUAUCAUGUCUGACUUCCCUCGAUUUGAGUUACUGCGGCAACAUAGGAGCUCAAGCCCUCGAAGCAGCUGGGAAGCACUGUAAAUCCCUCACCACUUUGCGAAGGGUAAUGCAUCCGCUGGAGGUGAUCGACAAGCUUUCCCAAGACGACGAAGCCCUAGCCAUCGCUGCCACAAUGCCAAAACUGAAGCAUCUAGAGAUUGCCUACUUGCUCGUAGAAACACCAAGCGUAGUCAAGAUUAUCGAAAACUGCAAAGAGCUCGAGUUGCUGGAUAUACGAGGAUGCUGGCAGGUGAAGCUGGAUGAAAAGUUGGUGAAGAGAUUCCCUAAUCUGAAGGUUGUUGGACCCCUUGUUGUGGAUUUCUAUGAUAUGAAUGGCUGGGAUAAUUGUUCAGAUAACUCGAGUUCUUCCGGGUACCUGCCUUGGGACUUUGCAGACGACGUGGAUGAUGAGUACAACGAGAUGCUGGAGAACGAUUUCUGGGAAGACGAACUCCCUGUAGAGGACGUUGGGAUGUGGUUUUACUAUGACAUAAACGUUGCGGAUACUGGUUAUGAUUGGCCCCAGUCUCCCUAAGUUGGUAUCUGCAUCUUCUGCUUUGUGAUACAUGUCAUGUUAGUCUGGCAGCUUUGAAUGUGUGCGCUUUGUAAUACAUCCAAGUGUGUGAGCUUUGCAAGGUAUAAAUGUGUAAGGAACUAUUUGGCCUAAUGAAAUAAGAAUCAGUUGCUUAUUCCUA